AUGCCGAUGCAGGGCAGAAGACGAGCCCCCAGAGGCCUCCCAGAGAGUGUGCUCCGAGCACAGGAGAGUCUGAACCAAGAGCCGCUCGGGUUCCUGCUCCGCCUGGAACCACCCAACCCCUCAAGGAGACUGGUUGGGUUCAUCAUCUCCGACCUGGAUGAGUCAUUAAGUAAUAAGAGGCACCUCUGUACUGAGCACCACGCGUGUCCCACACACCGCGUUCCGCCCGCCCCCAUCACUGUCACCGUCACCCUCGGGGUGACCCCGGCGUGUCUGUACAUGGCGGCCCUGAUGCUACAUUUAUGGGAGGUAGAGGAGAGAUUCGUGCCCUUUGGGGGCCUGGCACGCGUUGUGAGAAGUCGACAGCCGGUCCCCGGUUCCCCCUCCUGGGUGCACAGUGACAGCAUCUUCGCCCGCUGCAGUGCUGGCCCUUGGUGA